GUUUCUUCCACUCAAGCUUUCCGAAAGACUUCUGAUAGAGCACUUGUAUUCCUAGAAGCUGAAACUAUUACCAAGGUCUAUCUUCAACAAUGCCGAGGUGUGGAGGUCUCCGGAAAAGGAAAAGGCAGGUGAAUCAAAACAGUAAUGAAAACCAAGUUGAAGAAGAUUCAGAACAUAAUAUUGUGAGCCAAUCUCAUUCGUCCAAUGAAAUUCCUCCAACUUUAAGGGACUCUUCAGUUCCUACUUCUCCUGAAAACCCAGCAAGUGACAUACCUUCACCAAGAAAUUUUAAUGCCCAAGAAUUAACAAUCAAGUAUCAUUAUGGAGGUCAUUUCACAUUUUCACCUCGUAGGCAGUACACAGGGGGGAGUGAGAUGAAAAAACAAAAUGGAACUGUUCCUUCUCGUGUUGAGGUUUGGAUUGAAUCACGUAAGAGAAAGAAAGGAAAGGCUAUAGACCCUGACUCCCAAGAUGUGAUUUCUCAACUUGAUCAAUUGAAGAAACAAAGAGCUGAAGGAGUUGUUUCUAUGAAUGAUGAAGAAAUGUUUGAAAAGGUUCUAGGACCUGAGAAGAAUGGCUAUGUGAGAGCUUAUGGACCUGGAAAAGGCGUGACCGAAUUCUUUGGUGUUAAACCAACCAAAGCUGCACUUAUAAAACAAGUAGAAGCUGCUAGAAAAGAAGCGAGUGAACAAGUGGAACAAGCCAAAAAGGAAGCCAAUGAACGAGUAGAUAAGAUAACCAGAGACGUUGAGAAACAAAUGGCUGAUAUGAACAAGAAAUGGGAAGAAAAGUUUCAAAUCCUACUUUCUAAUACAAGAUCUUCAGCACCAAGAGAUGAGUCUAAUGAGGAAGUGACAGAGAGUGAAUAAUCUGAACGAAUUCUAGAGAUUUCAUCAUUGCAAUUCUUCGAGGGGUGUAGCACUUUUUAGGAU